AUGUUUCACAUCUCCCUCUUGAAAUGCUAUCAUGGGGAAGUGCCUGAUGUAUAUCUUCCGUUACCUUUGACCACGACCACAGAGUGUCCCAUUCUGCAAUCCACUGCUGUACUUACUGUUCGUCAUAUUCAAAAUGGUCGCAUAUGGGUUUGUCAAGUUUUGAUUCAGUGGGAUGGCUCCCUUGAUUCCACUUGGGAAGAUGCGUCUGUUAUUGCCUCCAAUUACCCAGUGUUUGACCUUAACGACAAGAUGAAGGGAGAAAGGAAGGCUAAUAUUUCUAGUUAUGCAAAGUUUGUAGAAGAAUUCUACAAGAAGAACAAGGGGAAAUAUAAAUCAAUUGGCGAAGGACAGGGAGAUUUGACAAAAGCAUACGACAAGUUGUCACCAGCAAAGAAGGAGGAAUACUCAAAGAAAGCAAAGGAAGAGAGAGGAGAGACAGUUGCAAAAUAUAUUGUACCCUUUCACACUCAUUGCUCUCCCAGUCAGUUUUCAGAGUGGACAUGUGGAAGCAACAACUCAAUAAAAGGAAGACAACUGAAAGGAAUAAUGUUGGAGGAUGCAUCUAUUUUCUCAUGCCAAGAAGAAGCACCAAAGCUUGAUGAUGCCCUCGCAUAUUGGGAUGAGGAGAAGGUUGUCGAAAGGGUAAAGGUAGAGAAAAAGAGCAUCCGAGGCAUAUUGCAUGAUCCCAUGAGUACAUAUGGUAGUUCUUCCACCAAGUCUUAUCCAACAUGUGCUUUUAGUCACUCGGAUUUAGAAACUAUUGACAAGACAAAACGAGAGGGUGAUGAUAUAGAAGAACAAGCACAUAAGGAUUCUGAAGAGAAGGACGAAGAAGAGGAAGAGGAAGAUGAUGAGGAUAAUUCAGAAGAGGCUGAUGAGGAUAAAGAAGGUGAAGGAAAGAACAAAGAGGUUGAUGAGGAUGAAGAAAGUGAAGGAAAGGAUGAAGAGGCAGAUAAGAAAAGCUCCGAAGAAGGUGAAGAAGGAGAUGAGCAAGGAGUUGAGGAGAAUGUUGAACUGGGUGAAGAGAAAGAUGAGGAAAAAUCUGAACGGGAUGGGGAUGAAGGAGAAGAGAAAGAAGCAAAAGAAAAAAGAGAGGAAACAAUUUGUGUACAUGAGAGCAUGGAUGAAGGAGGGGAAGAAGUAAAGGGGGAAGUGGGAAAGUUAAGUACAUAUGAAGAUGAAGUAAAAGAAAAAGAAGCUGCAGAAGGAAUUAGACAGCUCCAGAUUGUAGAAGUAAGAGAACAUAGGAGAUCACAAAGGACCUUUAUGCAGAUGUAUGCUAAUUUCCUAACUCGUACCGAGCUUCAAUGUCUUGGUGGAACCAGAUGGAUUAGUGAUAGGUUUAUGACAAUGGUUACCAGGACAUUAGUUGGAGAUCAUAAAGAGAAUGAAGGCAAAGUUAGGAGGCACAUUUUUGGUUCAGAGUUCAUGGAAAAAAUGUACAAGCGAAGAAAGAAAAAGGAUAAGAAUAUUAAAAAGGGUGAGAAGCUUGUCGGGAAGAAGAGGGACAAAACAGGACAAGCAGAUGUGAAGGAAAAGCUAGCACAGGCUUGUUCGUGGGAUAACACUUACCUGGAUGACAACGGUUAUGUGAUGUCAGAAUACUCAGACGACGACCUUCGACAUAUGAAGGUCAAACUAUUGUGA